AUGUCUUAUAUUGAGUUGCCAAAGAAAAGAAUUUCAUCAGGAGAACAGCAGCAGCAGCAGCAGAAAGGAGAAGUAUUGGUGACUCAUUCGACCUUUAAACUUAUUAUCCGAGCCACAAUAUGUGCAACUCUAUUUGCGGUACCCUUUUGUGUUUCUAUUCCAUCUUCUCCACUAUUGAAGUUGUCACAAACACAGGAUUCAAAGAAAACACUUAUACCUCGCAUGAUGAGUGAUUUCUUUUACGUAAAUUUUAUCGCCAGUUGGUGUGCCUAUUUUUUUAUUCUUGAACCUAAAAUAAAAAAUGAAAAGGCAAAAAAAGGUUUUAUGCCUUAUCUUGGUCCUAUUACAGCACAGGUGCCGGGACUCUCUUGUCUUGUAGCUUCACAUCUUUUCUAUCCUGGAAUGUGGGCAAUAUUCAAUGAGAGAACAUGGAAAGAACGUCGGAAAGAGUUUUUUAGACUUACAACUAAAUGUUUCCUUGCUUAUGCACCUAUUCAUAUACCUGCUGCCAUUGCUAUUGGUGUGGGUGUGGGUACUAUUUUGUAUCCAUUCGAGUUCUUUAAGAGGAAGUAA